CUUUUCUGUUCGUCACGUGACCGGAAGCCUGCUGCCACCCCAGAGAAGGACGCCGGUGUCGUUAAAGCCAUGAGCAGCUGAUCUGGAACUAAGCCGCCGUCGACGGCGUGCUUACGUGCGUCGGUGCUCGUCUUUUUAGUGUCUUUGUCGUCAUGGCCGUGAGAGCCGCCGCGGAGGGUUUGACGUGGCGCCGCUUGAGGUGUUUACGCCUGCAAAGUGUCAUGGCGGCGGUCGGCAGGCGAGAGUGCAGCCAAGUAGCGACCCAACAGGACGCAGGCCCUAAGAGGUCAAAGUUCAGGCCGGCGCCCAGCUCCACACACGACUGGAUCGGCCCCCCCAACCCUCUGUCCAACCUGCGACCCGUGAUCUACCGCGUCCCCGAGAACGAGUCCGAGCUGGAGGGACGCUUGAGGACUCUGAGGCAGGACACCGAGGACUGGAACCACCGCUUCUGGACCAAGCAGAAUCUCAGCUUCAGCAAGGACAAAGACGAUUUCAUCGCCUCCCAGCUGAAGGUCCAAGGCUUGUCUGAGCGAGACGAGCAAGGACGGCGUCGCGCUCUGAGCAGCGAAGAAAUGGCCGUGUUCUACAAACGCUUCUUGGACAUAAACAAAGAGCGACACGCUAACUACAACAAGGAGUGGUAUCGCCGCAACUUCGCCAUCACCUUCCUCAUGGCCCGCGUCGCCCUGGGCAACCUGUGGAGGAGCGUCACCAAUAAACACAGCAGAUCUCAAACAUAACCGCUCACCUGUCCAGCGUCUGUUCCUAUGUAAAUACACCUCUACAGACACUUUAUUAGGUACACCAUCCACUUGGCUCCAACUUUCAUAAUCCAUCCAUCCAUUCUCUUCCGCUUAUCCGAGGUCGGGUCGCGGGGGCAGCAGCCUAAGCAGAGAAGCCCAGACUUCUCUCUCCCCAGCCAUUUUGUCCAGCUCCUCCCGGGGGCAUCCCGAGGCUUCCACUUUUUUUAUAAGCGUUUUGAAAAAAAUGUAUAAACGUAUGCAUUAUCCUGUUGUAUCUCACAUUCUGUAUUGUGUUUUGGAAAGAGAUUGUCAUAAACGUUACUUAAUUCAUUAAAAAA